UUGCAUCACGUGAUCCAAAAGCAGCAUUAGUGCAAAGAACAGGUAGAGCAGUACAGGUUGGAUUGCUUUUUUAGGUAUGACACCAACAGCUAAUGAUUAAAAAUGUAGUUUAGACGAAGAUAGUAAGGAGGAGUCCACAACACUCAUUUUCCUAAGAUAGGCCCCAGCUUGAAAAGCCUCGCGGUCUCGUGUGGGAGUGUUUUUUACCUGUCACAGACAGACGCACCUGUCAGGCGAUGCAGCUGCCGGACUAUCUCCUGCUCCUCUGCCGGUUCUUCAUUGGGCCGACGUUGGACUAUAUGGGGAUAAAGCUGUCACAAAUUUGGGACACUAUUGACUCAAUAAUAGAGCUCGCGGACAUUUCUCUAUACGUUUAAAAAUAAAUUUCAUUGAGGUUCGUCAUCAUGGCUCUGUCCCAGGUCCAGUGUCUGGAUGACAACCACGUGAACCUGCGCACGAGCGAGUCCAAGCCGGAGUUUUUAUACUGCGAGGACCAACGUCUCGCGCUCGAAGCUCUCCUGCAGAAUGGCCGCGAGGCGUUCUUCAAGUACCUGGACUCGCGCAGGGUCCGGGGUUUUCUGUCAGACCCGGAGAUGACCGCUCUUGUCGGGGCGGCUGAACCUUUUGACCCGGGUUCGGAGCUGGUCCAGGGCAGCGUGGAGGAGGAGUCUCUUCCGCUUUCCCUGCACUACUGGCCCGAGCUUUCAGACAUCUCCGUCCCGCAGAUGGACCUGGGUUGGCCCAGCUGUGACUCGUACCGCGGGGUGACACGCACGUCUGUGUACACGCAGCCGCCGCUGGACGGGCACGCGCACAUCAAAGAGGUUGUCCGAAAAAUGAUUGCACAGGCCCAAAAGGUACUGGAAGUAUUUUAAGUAAGACAUAAUUACUCAUAACAAAAAAUACAUUUUCAUAAAGUGUUU